UAAUAAACGAAUCAAGACUUUGACGGAAAUUUUCGAAGUUCUCAUUGCUUUAUUUACCCUUUAAACCGUUUUGACUUCUGAACAUAAAUUACCAGUUUUCAAACGCAAACAAGAAAAUCAAAUACUAAUAAAUAGCAAUCAGAUGCGGGUUUUAAAGGAAGCCUAAAAUUUUUGCGUUAUUCUUCGCCAACUCAUAAGCAAAAAUUUUAGCCGAAGAAUCGGACUUUGAGCUCAAAACAACCAAAAGGCUGCUGUAUACGAAAUGUCUUAUCUCGGAAUUGCUGUAGACGCAAUUUGUUAGCCCAUGAAAAAGCAUCCUUCUGCCUGCACGCCAUUUAAAUUAGUAAAAGUAAACUUCGCUUUUAUGGUCUAAAGGAAGGUGUUCAAAAAUAAGUAGAAGUCAUUAAAGUACAGAAGAACUGAAAGCUCAAAAAAUUUUACAACACUCGCAUCAACAUCUCCUAAUUCCCAUACACGCCUACGUGCGCACAAAGACAUAAUCAUUGCAGUCGUUAAUAUCGCCACCAUUUGCACCAUCAGCAACAUUGACCCGGUCGCUUCCGCCACCGCCGCUGCCACCACGACUACAGCAAUGCGUCGUUCCUCGUUUACGCCCGUCUUCAGUUUGAGCACCCAAGAGCCGCUCAUCGUAGUCGAAGAAACAAACCCCGCCGAUGAUGGCGAAGAUACGGAGGGUGCAGCCGGUGGUGUUGAUACCGCAGCUGCUACACGCAAGUCCACCAGCGACGAUUCUGAUCCCGACUCGCCCGUCAAUCCCUAUUUGUUAUGCCCAUUUCCGGACAUGCAACAGCGACGCAAGCAUUCAUUGCCAUCGCUACAGAUCACCGAGGGUAUAACUGCCAGUCAGGUAAGGCGAUUGUCGGAGGUGGGUGGUGAAAAUGGUGGACUUAGUCCCAAAGAGGUAGAAUUUCUGGCAACAUUAUCACAGAAAGCAAAUCCCGCUGCGGGUGGCCGAAGACAUUCGGUAGUCACAAUUUCAGCUGUACCACCGACGCUGUUCGGACGCAAUCGACGGGAAUCACUAACAGGCAUGCCGCUCAGUGGCAGUCGACGCGGCAGUAUUAUUCAAGGACCACCACUUACCGACCAUCGAGGCAGUAUACACAACUUGCAACUAGACAUCAUGGAUGGCAUUGUACAGACCCGCAAGCGAGCCGGCAGUGGCGUAUGGACAGCACCAGUUCUGCAAGAAACCGAGAAUAAUGUGCCAGUGCAAACAUAAAUCAUAACAACGUCCCCCUAUACCACCAAUCGGCCCACGACCAUCAUACUUAAAACCAGCAACAGCAUCGACAUUAACGGCGGCAGCAGCAGCAACAAUAAGAGCAGUAAUAAAGAUGAAAAUAAUGAUAGUCAAAUUAGCACCAACAAAAUAAAUAAAAAAAUCGACAGCAAUAUUAGCAAACGGAGUGCGGGCAGUUUGGAUGUGGCAAUAGCUGAAACAUCAACAGCAUCAACAACGACAACGGCAACUGGUAACAGACCAUCAACAUCGUGGCAUAGUAAUUUAGUUUCACGUUUCGGCGCAUUGCUCUGUUGGCAAUCGCUGGACUGCUGAAGAGUGAAGAGGAUGUGCAUAGCAACUUCAGUUACGGGAGCGGAACUGAGAUCGCAUUGUGGUGAGGAAAGUAGCGCUAAAUGUGGUCGGUCAUAAGUCAACUGACCACCGACAGCAACAGGAAAUGUCAACAGUGCACAGCGAGGGUCAACAAUAUGAAGUGGCUCAAUUUGGUGGCCAAAUACGAAAACAAUCAUAAACUUUUCCGCUUUUGCGAAUUGCACGGUACAAGAAAUUGCCACAAAGGUGAGUCACAGAGCCAUCGAUUUACCAGCAUCGCAAGUAUGCGUUCAAUGUCAAUAGCAUUGACGCUGCAAAUGUAUGAAAAUUGCCAAAGUUCAACCGAAGGGGGACGUUGGAGAGAAAAAACAAAACUUCGAUUAUUUUCUAUUUUCUGGCUUUGUUUUAUUUGAAUAACAAACAACGGUGAAUAUUAAGAACAGAAAGCAUUGUACAGGUGAAUGUUUUCCAGGUAGAAAGUAAGUGGAUGUACAUGGAGCGCAUUCGAGGAGGAUAAUAACUAGCAAAAAUACAAAACUACAUCUGUUAAAGCUCGGAAGGAAACUACAAAUAAUGUGAGUCAUCGAUGGGAUUAAAUGCAAGAACAACAACAAAAACAUCUGAAACAAGCAAUUAUGCUCUAAUCUCUCUCUAAUAACCGCGACGCAAAUAUUAGCGAAAACUUAAGUCAUUAAUCAACAAUGAGAGAGAAAUGGGAAGGACACUCAUACCAACAUACACUCGCAAUCAAACCAGAAAAAUAAAUAUUAUUUUCAUGAGAUAAUAAAAAGGAAGUAUUUAAUUAUUAUUAAA